GAUUUAAGGCCCUCCGCAAGCGGAGGGCGGAAAGAUGAGCACCGAGGAGGAUCCCGGUGUCCCGCCGCCCCCAGAGGAUGCUCCUCCGGAAGAUGCCCCUGCCCCUCCUCCGGAAGACGCUCCGCCCCCGCCCGCGGAGGAUGCUCCGCCGCCUCCUCCAGAAGACGCUCCCGCCCCUCCCUCGGAGGACGCCGGGCCUACCGCUCCCGAAGCUGCGGCCCCGGCCCCCCCCGAGGAACCUGGCCCCGUUCCUCGAGAAGAUAUGUUCCCCCUCCUUCCGGAGAACGAAAUUUUAGAAACGGGCCGGGUUCGGCAGAAGACCUCCCUCCGGACCCCGCCGUCGGGCUCGGCUCUAGACAGCGGGCCGGUGACGUACACCCGAAGGAUGUCCAAGUUUCGCCGGAGCACAAGUGGCGUCCAGGCGUUACAGGAAACGCUGAAAGAGAAACAGGCACGAUACAGAGAAGCGAGGGAAGGUCGCAAAAUGAAAAUCGAAGCCGCAUAUAAACACGUGUUCGACAUUCUCGGAGAAAAACUCGGUGUGGAUUCGGGAACCGUCGAGGAGAUGAUUUUGGAUUGCCCUUCGCUGGAUGCCUUAGUUGAUUUCUUUGCCAAAGAUGGUAGCAAAACUCUGAAAUUUUUCUAUCAAGAAGGUGAUAUACCCGGAGUAGAAUGUGGUCGGAUAAUUGCGGGAGCAAAAGGAUCCAAAAUUAUGAGGCUCUUUGUAGAAACGGCACCAGAAGGCGUCAAAGGACUGUGUUUGUUCUUCGUUCGCUGUCGGAACGAUAUUUCUAUAAAUCUCAAAAACGUUCACGAGGAAAUACUAUUUACUGUCCUAGAUGCCUCUGAUGGGCUUUUACGUGGAAUAAGAAAUAUGUUGGCCAACAUCUUUCUACCGGCGAUCCUUGCGACAAAUAACUGGGGUGCUUUAAACCAAUCCAAACAGGGAGAAGUUGAGAAACGUAUUUUCACUGAGACCAUUAACAGAUAUCUUUCAUUUUUAGACGGGGCUAGAAUAAGUAUCGAGGGAACAGUCGAGCUGAAGAAGAUAGACCAUGUUGACCUUUCCAAGUUCCAGUCCUUCGAAGAAGUGACGGCAGCUGCCACAAAUCCGGAUACCGUUCGACAGUUAGAAGAAGUUCUCAUGAUCUGGUAUAAGCAGAUUGAGCAGGUUCUGAUUGAGAGUGAACAGAUGAGGAAAGAAGCAGAUGAUUCAGGACCCCUGACUGAGUUGGAACACUGGAAGCAUAUGUCUGCUAAAUUUAACUUUAUUAUUGAGCAGAUCAAAGGACCAAGUUGCAAGGCGGUCUUGAAUGUCCUAAGCGUUGCACGCUCCAAGCUUUUAAAGAAUUGGCGUGAAUUGGAUUCCAGAAUCACAGAUACGGCAAAUGAGUCAAAAGAUAACGUUAGGUAUCUGUAUACGCUGGAGAAAGUAUGUCAACCUCUCUAUCACCAUGACUUAGUUUCCAUGGCUCAUGGAAUUCAAAAUUUGAUUAAUGCUAUAAAAAUGAUUCAUAGUGUGUCAAGGUAUUACAAUACUUCAGAAAGAAUGACUUCACUGUUCAUAAAGGUUACAAAUCAGAUGGUGACGGCGUGCAAAGCCUAUAUCACAGAUGGAGGGUUAAGUCACGUUUGGGAUCAGGAAACGCCAUUGGUGAUACAGAAAAUUAAGGACUGCAUUUUCCUAUUUAGAGAAUAUCAGAAUUCUUUUCAUAAAACGAGGAAACAGAUUUUGGAAGCUCUGGGGGAGAAAACAUUUGAGGUCUCAGAGAUGUACAUAUUUGGGAAAUUUGAAGCUUUCUGUAAAAGGCUAGAAAAGAUUACAGAAAUGAUUACUAUAGUCCAAACAUUUUCUGCCUUGAAUCAUUCUACUAUUGAAGGUAUAGACAUCAUGGCAAUAAAAUUUAAAAACAUCUACCAAGGUAUUAAGAAAAAGCAAUAUGACAUUCUGGACCCUCGGAAGACUGAAUUUGAAACGGACUUCCUGGACUUCAUGACGAAAGUCAGCGGUUUAGAGGUGCAGCUGCAAGCAUUUAUGAGCGGUAGUUUUGGAAAAAUCUUGUCUUCUCAGAAUGCCCUUCAGCUUCUCCAGAGAUUUCGGAAGCUGAAUAUUCCAUGUCUUGAAUUAGAAAUAGUGCAUACAAUUCAGCAAAUUCUUCAGUUUUAUAUAUCAGAACUUGAAGCUACAAAAAAGCUUUAUCACGCUCAAAAAGAUAAGCCUCCACUUGCUCGGAACAUGCCACCUGUAGCCGGAAAGAUAUUGUGGGUGAGGCAACUCUUCAGACGGAUAAGCGAGCCAAUCAAUUAUUUCUUUAAAAAUUCGGAUAUCUUGACCAGCCCAGAGGGGAAAGCGGUGAUACGUUCAUAUAACAGAAUUUCUUAUAUAUUGGUGGAAUUCGAGGUUCUGUAUCACACGGCAUGGGUCAAAGAGAUUUCGCAGCUACAAUUUGCUUUACAAGCUACACUGCUGGUACGGCGUCCAGAAAGCGGGAAGUUGCUGGUGAAUUUCGAUCGCAAGAUUUUAGAAGUCGUUCGAGAAACAAAAUGUAUGCUGAAGAUGAACCUGCAGGUUCCAGAGACAGCGAUACGACUGCUAAAAAUAGAAAGCAAGUUGAAAUCCGACAAGCUGUGUUUAGAGGGCAUUCUGCAAUGUUAUGAAGACCUAUGUCAGGAAGUGCCUUCAGUGUUUGUGAAUUUGAUGACACCCAAAAUGAAGAAGGUAGAAGCCGUGCUGAAGCAAGGAUUAACAAUCCUAACGUGGUCGUCUCUAACAUUAGACAGCUUCUUUCAAGAAGCAAAUGCUGUCAUGAAUAUGUUCAACCAGCUUUUAAAAAAGGUUAAUGAUCUUUGUGAGAUGCAUAUUGAUGCAGUUCUCAAGGAAAUGGCCAACACUGCAUUAAUUUCCCUCCCAGAAUACGGCGCCGCAAAAGUGGAAGACAUGUUAACCCUCAAUGAGACCUACACUAAAGAACGGGCUGAAGAAAUGAACCACAAAAGUAGUCACGUAGAAGAAGCCGUCAUGGAACUUCUAUCAAUAUUUGAAACAAUAUAUGAAGUUAAGGAUUCUAAGAAGGCAGCAAAACAAGCAGCAGAAGGCAAGCGUGUAGCUUUUGGAGGUAUCCAAGAGAGUGGAGAAGAGAGUGGGACAGCCCCCCUAAGCGAUCCUGAAGAUAACGACAAGGAAGAUGAAUUUAAAAAGGAAUGUAAAGAGAUCUAUGCAUAUUUCAGUCAUCAAUUACUAGACAGCCUUCAGAAAGCUUCCCGGUUAUCUCUGGAUACUCUUAAAAGAAGAAUAUUUGUCUCAAGCUCCUAUGGGCAGAAGGCGAACGGAGGGGUCUUUCCUUUUAUAAAAACCGAAGUUCAUCUUGCAAUUCCCUCUGUGAUCAUAGUUCCUAGUUUGGAUGACAUCCAACAAGCCAUCAAUCGCUUGAUCCAGUUGAUCCUGGAAGUAAGUAGAGGAGUAGCCCACUGGGGACAGCGUAAGAUCCGGCGUCCCAAAACACCGAUGUCCGACCCGGCCCACGCCAUCUUUGCGCCACACCUCUCCGGUUCAGCGAAGUCGGGGAAGAAGGACGAAAAAACAGCCGAGGAAGUCAUUCCUGCAAGAAAACUGAGGAAUUUUUAUCCCGGGGUAGCAGAGCACAAAGAUAUUUCGAAGUCGGUCUUAUUGUUGUCCUCUUCGGUAAACUCUCUAAGGAAGUCAACCGGUGAAGCCCUGCAGGAGUUUCUGAAAUAUAAGGUUCUCUGGACGGAGGAUCGGGAGGUUAAAGUUCAGCAAUUUUUGGCGAGCAAUCCGUCUCUGACUGAAAUUAGAGCAGAAAUCCUCUACUAUGCUACUUUGGAACAAGAGAUUGAGGAGUUGAAACUAAUUAUUCCUGUUGGAGCCCUUGAACUACAUACAGGUCCAAUGAAAUUGGCUCUGUCAAUCGAAGCGAAGGCAUGGAAGAUGUUACUCUGUCGCUAUUUGAACGAGGAAUACAAAAAGAAGAUGAUGGACAUGAUAACAUUUAUCAAUGAAUAUUUAAAAAAGCUGUCUCGUCCUCUCCGGGAUCUAGAUGAUGUCAGAUUUGCGAUGGAAGCUCUGUCAGUCAUACGGGAUAACGAAAUACAAAUGGAUAUGACUUUGGGGCCUAUUGAGGAAGCCUAUACUAUUUUAAGCAGAUUCGAAGUUGAUGUAACCAAGGAGGAGUCAGAAGGAGUUGACACCCUGAGGUAUUCUUUUAACAAACUACAAAGCAAAGCUUAUACUGCCCAAGAUGAACUAGUUCAAGUUCAGCCCAAAUUUAAAAGCAGUCUUCUAGAGUCCGUCGAAAUAUUUCGCGAGGAUGUCUCCAACUUUGCAGAGUCGUAUGAGACGGAAGGACCCAUGGUUCCAAAUAUAGCACCCCAAGAAGCCAGCAAUAGACUACAGAUAUUUCAGGCCAAUUUUGAUGAUUUAUGGAGGAAAUUUGUUACCUAUUCUUCUGGAGAACAACUCUUUGGCUUACCUGUCACUGACUAUGAGGUUUUGCAUAAAACCAGGAAGGAACUAGGAUUGCUACAAAAGCUCUAUGGAUUAUAUGAUACCGUAAUGAGUAAUAUCAGUGGUUAUUAUGAGAUACUCUGGGGAGAUGUAGAUAUUGAAAAGAUUAAUGCCGAACUUCAGGAAUUUCAAAAUCGGUGCCGCAAGCUUCCAAAGGGACUCAAAGAUUGGCAGGCCUUUCUGGAUCUUAAGAAAAGGAUAGAUGACUUCAGUGAAUCCUGUCCCUUAUUAGAAAUGAUGACUAACAGAGCAAUGAAGCAGAGGCACUGGGAUCGUAUCGCAGAAGUGACGGGAACCCAGUUUGAUGUGGAGUCUGAUUCUUUUUGUCUGCGAAAUAUUAUGGAGGCACCCCUCCUUAAAAAUAAGGAUGAUAUUGAGGACAUCUGCAUCUCUGCCAUCAAGGAAAAGGAUAUCGAAGCUAAACUGACUCAGGUAACAGAAAGCUGGACUAAUCAGAGUCUGAGCUUCUCCUCAUUUAAGGGAAGAGGAGAGCUUCUGCUCAAGGGAACGGAGUCAGCAGAAAUCAUUACGUUGAUGGAGGACAGCUUAAUGGUCCUGGGCUCCUUACUUACCAACAGAUACAAUGCUCCGUUUAAAAAGAAUAUUCAGAAUUGGAUCCUCAAGCUGUCCUCCUCGUCAGAUAUCAUUGAAGAGUGGCUGGUAGUACAGAACCUCUGGGUCUAUCUCGAAGCUGUCUUUGUCGGUGGAGAUAUCGCAAAGCAGUUACCCCAGGAAGCCAAACGCUUCCAGAACAUCGACAAGUCUUGGAUCAAAAUCAUGCAGCGGGCGCACGAGAACCCCAACGUCAUCAACUGCUGCGUGGGAGAUGAAACGAUGGGACAGCUGCUGCCUCAUUUACACGAGCAGUUGGAAGUGUGUCAGAAGUCGCUUACGGGCUAUCUGGAAAAGAAGCGGCUCCUAUUUCCCAGAUUCUUUUUUGUAUCUGAUCCUGUACUCCUGGAAAUUCUUGGGCAAGCAAGUGAUUCCCAUACUAUACAGCCGCACCUACCUGCAAUUUCUGACAACAUAAACUCAGUAGAGUUUCACCCGAAGGAUUACGAUCGGAUGAUGUCUGUUAUAUCAAGAGAAGGAGAAAAAAUUCCUUUGGAUUCCGCGGUGAUGGCUAAAGGACCAGUAGAGAUUUGGCUUCUGGAUCUUUUAAAGAUGCAGAUGUCUUCCUUGCACUGCAUAAUCCGGGCGGCGUUUUACCAGAUCAGCGAUGCAAGUUUCCAACUGUUGGCUUUUCUUUCUCAUUUUCCAGCCCAGGUAGGGCUGCUGGGAAUACAGAUGCUGUGGACACAUGAUUCCGAAGAGGCCUUGCAUAACGCAAAGGAUGACAGGAAAAUUAUGCAGAUAACCAAUCAGAAAUUUCUGGAUCUUUUAAACGUCCUCAUUAGUCAGACGACGCACGACCUCUCCCAGUUUGACAGAGUGAAAUUUGAGACCCUAAUCACCAUCCACGUGCAUCAGAGGGAUAUUUUUGAUGACCUGGUAAAAAUGCAUAUCAAAUCGAUAACUGAUUUUGAAUGGCUAAAGCAGAGCAGGUUUUAUUUUAAAGAAGAUGUGGACCAAACGUUAGUGUCUAUUACAGAUGUCGAUUUUAUUUACCAAAAUGAAUUUUUGGGAUGUACCGAUCGCUUGGUCAUUACGCCACUAACAGACAGGUGCUAUAUUACCCUAGCUCAAGCGUUGGGAAUGAACAUGGGAGGAGCUCCCGCGGGACCGGCCGGAACUGGGAAAACCGAAACCACCAAAGACAUGGGAAAGGCACUGGGAAAAUACGUGGUCGUGUUUAACUGCUCGGAUCAGAUGGAUUUCAGAGGCCUGGGCAGGAUUUUCAAAGGUCUGGCACAGUCAGGUUCCUGGGGUUGUUUCGAUGAAUUCAACAGAAUCGAGUUGCCCGUUUUGUCAGUGGCAGCCCAACAAAUCUACAUCGUCCUGACGGCGAGGAAAGAAAGGAAGAAGCAGUUCAUUUUCUCAGACGGCGAUUGUGUCGACUUAAAUCCCGAGUUUGGAAUUUUCCUGACGAUGAAUCCCGGGUAUGCCGGGCGACAGGAACUUCCUGAAAACUUAAAAAUUCAGUUUAGGACGGUUGCUAUGAUGGUUCCAGAUAGACAGAUCAUUAUGAGAGUCAAACUUGCUAGUUGUGGAUUUCUUGACAAUGUCAUCCUGGCCCAGAAAUUCUACGUCCUGUAUAAACUUUGUGAGGAACAACUUACUAAACAGGUGCACUACGAUUUCGGCCUGAGGAACAUCCUUUCGGUACUGAGGACUCUUGGAGCUCAAAAAAGAGCCAGGCCAGAAGACAGUGAAUUAAGUACCGUCAUGAGGGGGCUGAGGGAUAUGAACCUCUCUAAACUGGUGGACGAAGACGAGCCCCUUUUUCUCAGUCUGAUCAACGACCUGUUUCCAGGGUUACAGCUGGACAGCAGUACUUACUUCGAACUGCAGGCCGCAGUCGCCAAUCAGGUGGAGGAAGAAGGACUGAUUAACCAUCCUCCCUGGAAUCUAAAACUCGUACAGCUAUACGAGACAUCCCUCGUACGGCACGGAUUGAUGACCCUUGGGCCCAGCGGGUCCGGAAAAACGUCCGUCAUCACAAUUUUAAUGAGGGCACUGACGGAGUGUGGCCGCCCUCACCGAGAGAUGCGCAUGAACCCCAAAGCUAUCACCGCCCCUCAGAUGUUUGGCAAACUGGAUACGGCAACCAACGACUGGACGGACGGGAUUUUUUCCACGCUGUGGAGAAAAACGCUGAAGGCCAAGAAGGGUGAAAAUAUCUUCCUCAUUUUGGAUGGUCCCGUAGACGCCAUCUGGAUUGAAAACCUGAAUUCAGUGUUGGAUGACAACAAGACCCUCACUUUAGCUAACGGUGAUCGGAUUCCCAUGUCCCCAACCUGUAAGCUUCUGUUCGAGGUCCACAACAUUGAAAACGCUUCCCCCGCCACUGUUUCCAGGAUGGGGAUGGUCUACAUUAGCAGCUCCGCUCUCAGCUGGAAGCCGAUAUUGCAGGCAUGGCUAAAGAAGCGUACUCCCCAGGAAUCCGUGAUAUUACAAGGACUUUAUGACAGUGUCUUUGAAGCGGCAUAUACAUACGUGAAACUAAACCUUGCUCCCAAAAUGCAACUCUUAGAGUGUAAUUACAUCGUGCAGACUCUCAAUCUGCUGGAAGGCUUAAUUCCCUCUAAAGAAGAUGGUGGUGUUUCUUCUAACGAGCACCUUCAUAAAUUAUUUGUCUUCAGCCUGAUGUGGAGCUUAGGUGCCCUGCUGGAGCUGGAGAGCCGAGAAAAACUUGAAGCCUUUUUAAGGAGCCAUGAGAGCAGAUUGGUUUUGCCGGAGAUCCCGGAGGGCAGUAAUCAAACCAUGUAUGAGUUUUAUGUCACAGAAUAUGGCGACUGGGAUCACUGGAAUAAAAAACUACAGCCGUAUGUCUAUCCCACGGAUACUAUUCCAGAAUAUGCAUCUAUUCUGGUUCCAAAUGUCGACAACGUAAGAACUAACUUUCUGAUCGACACGAUCGCAAAGCAACACAAAGCAGUUUUGCUCACAGGAGAACAGGGAACAGCGAAAACUGUAAUGAUUAAAGGAUAUAUGAAAAAAUACAAUCCAGAAGUCCAUUUAUCAAAAUCUCUGAAUUUUUCAUCUGCCACAGAACCAGUUAUGUUUCAGAGGACAGUUGAAAGCUACGUGGACAAACGGAUGGGAAGCACAUACGGCCCCCCGGGGGGGAGAAAAAUGACUGUGUUUAUCGACGACAUUAACAUGCCGAUAAUUAAUGAAUGGGGAGAUCAGGUGACUAAUGAGAUUGUGCGGCAGAUGAUGGAAAUGGAAGGAAUGUACAGCUUGGAUAAACCCGGAGACUUCACUACAAUUGUUGAUGUGCAGAUAAUAGCAGCUAUGAUACACCCCGGAGGUGGUAGAAAUGAUAUUCCACAACGUCUGAAGAGGCAGUUUACUGUGUUUAAUUGCACAUUGCCAUCCAACGCCUCCAUAGACAAAAUUUUUGGAUUGAUCGGGUGUGGAUAUUUUGAUCCUCAUAGAAACUUCAAGCCUGAAGUAUGUGAUGUGAUCAUAAAAUUAGUCUCAGCGGGCAGAAUCCUGUGGCAGUGGACUAAGGUAAAGAUGCUGCCGACUCCCUCUAAAUUUCAUUAUAUCUUCAAUCUCCGAGAUCUUUCCAGAAUUUGGCAAGGAAUGUUAACUAUAAAAGCAGAAGAAUGCAAUUCGGUUUCUACUCUCCUUUCACUUUUCAAACAUGAGUGUAACAGAGUAAUUGCUGACAGGUUUAUUUGCCAAGAAGAUGAAAAUUGGUUUAAUGUUAAUAUUACCCGGGCAGUGGCUGAACAUAUUGACCCUGCUCUGGUUCCAGAACUUCAUCCUGAACCGUAUUUUGUAGAUUUUUUACGUGAUAUGCCUGAACCAACUGGCGAGGAACCUGAAGAUUAUGUGUUUGAAACGCCCAAAGUCUAUGAAAUGGUGCCAUCUUAUGAGUUACUGUCGGAAAAACUACAGAUGUAUCAGAGGCAGUUCAAUGAAUUUAUUAGAGGAACAUCUCUGGAUCUGGUCUUUUUUAAAGAUGCAAUGACUCAUCUUGUUAAGAUUUCACGAAUAAUUCGGACCUCGUGCGGAAAUGCCCUGCUGGUAGGUGUUGGUGGUUCAGGAAAGCAGAGUCUCUCCCGUUUGGCUUCCUUCAUAGCUGGUUACCAGAUAUUUCAAAUCACUCUAACAAGGUCUUAUAACGUAGUUAAUCUUACAGAUGACUUAAAAACAUUGUACCGAAUUGCUGGAGCCGAAGGAAAAGGCAUCACCUUUGUCUUUACUGAUAAUGAAAUCAAAGAUGAGGCCUUUCUAGAAUAUCUUAACAACUUGCUCUCUUCAGGAGAGAUCUCUAAUUUAUUUGCUCGGGAUGAGUUGGACGAGAUCACCCAAGGAUUGAUAUCGGUGAUGAAAAGGGAGAUGCCUCGCCACCCUCCCACGUUCGAUAAUCUUUAUGAGUAUUUCUUAUCUCGAGCCAAGAAGAACUUACACGUCGUCCUCUGCUUUUCUCCAGUUGGCGAGAAGUUCCGUGCCCGUUCUUUGAAAUUUCCUGGCCUCAUAUCAGGGUGCACAAUGGAUUGGUUCAGCCGUUGGCCUAGGGAGGCCCUGAUCGCUGUGGCCUCCCAUUUCCUUUCAGAAUACAACAUUGCCUGCUCUCAUGAAAUCAAAAUUCAAGUCGUAGAGACCAUGGGCUUAUUUCAUGACAUUGUUUCGGAGAGCUGCGAAAAUUAUUUUCAGAGGUAUCGGCGAAGAGCGCAUGUAACUCCCAAGUCUUACCUCUCAUUCAUAAAUGGUUAUAAAAACGUUUAUAGUGAAAAGUUGAAGUACAUUAACGAACAAGCCGAGAGAAUGAACAUAGGUCUCAACAAGCUAAUGGAGGCAAGCGAAUCUGUGAAUAAGCUCUCACAAGAGCUCGCUGUAAAGGAGAAGGAAUUAGCAGUGGCUUCUGUAAAGGCAGAUCAAGUGCUAGCAGAAGUUACCGUAAGUGCCCAGGCUUCAGCCAAAGUGAAAAAUGAAGUUCAGGAGGUAAAGGAUAGAGCCCAAAAAAUUGUAGAUGAAAUCGAUUGCGAAAAAGUAAUAGCCGAGUCCAAACUAGAGGCAGCAAAGCCAGCGUUAGAGGAAGCAGAAGCCGCGUUAAAUACCAUCAAACCCGUGGAUAUUGCCACGGUGAGGAAACUGGCCAAGCCCCCUCAUCUCAUUAUGAGAAUCAUGGAUUGCUGCCUGUUACUCUUCCAAAAGAAAAUAGACCCUGUCACGAUGGAUCCGGAAAAGCCCUGCUGCAAACCAUCAUGGGGAGAGUCCCUGAAAUUGAUGAGUGCCUCGGGAUUCCUACAAAACCUCCAGCAAUUCCCAAAAGAUAGUAUUAAUGAAGAAACAGUAGAGUUACUGCAGCCAUAUUUUUUGAUGGAUGACUAUACUUUCGAGAAUGGCAAAAAGGUCUGCGGGAAUGUUGCUGGACUAUUGUCUUGGACACUUGCGAUGGCCACGUUUUAUGGAAUCAAUCGGGAAGUGUUGCCGCUUAAGGUCAACUUGGCCAAGCAACAAGGACGUUUGGCAGUAGCGAAUGCCGAGCUAGACAAGGCCCAGGCACUGUUGGAUGAAAAACAAGCUGAGCUGGACAAAGUGCAAGCAAAGUUUGACGCGGCAAUGACGGAGAAAAUGGACUUGCUGAAUGAUGCGGACGUGUGCCGGAGGAAGAUGCAGGCGGCUUCCACUCUUAUAGAUGGACUGAGUGGAGAGAAAGUCCGGUGGACUCAGCAAAGUAAAGAAUUCAGAGCUCAGAUUAAUAGACUUGUGGGCGAUGUCUUGUUGUCUACCGGUUUCCUGUCCUACUGUGGUCCUUUUAAUCAAAUCUUUAGAAAUCUGUUGCUAAAAGAACUCUGGGAAGUAGAGAUGAAAGUGCGGAAAAUUCCCUUCACCGAAAACCUCAACCUGAUUUCAAUGUUGGUGGAUCCCCCAACAAUCGGAGAGUGGGGAUUACAGGGAUUGCCAGGAGAUGACCUCUCGAUUCAAAACGGUAUCAUCGUGACUAAGGCAACGAGGUACCCGCUUUUGAUAGAUCCUCAAACUCAAGGGAAAACUUGGAUUAAAUCGAAAGAAAAAGAAAAUGACCUGCAGGUGACGUCUCUGAACCAUAAAUAUUUCCGCACACACUUGGAGGAUUGCCUCUCCCUGGGACGACCCCUUCUCAUCGAGGAUAUAUGGGAAGAGCUGGAUCCAGCUCUUGAUAAUGUACUGGAAAAGAAUUUCAUUAAAUCAGGCACCACUUUCAAGGUGAAAGUUGGUGAUAAGGAAGUAGACAUCAUGGAUUCGUUUAAACUUUACAUCACCACCAAGCUACCAAACCCUGCUUUCACACCUGAGAUUAAUGCGAAAACAUCAGUCAUUGAUUUUACUGUUACAAUGAAAGGACUUGAGAAUCAGUUACUGAGAAGAGUAAUUCUGACAGAGAAGCAGGAACUAGAAGCAGAGCGAAUUAAACUUAUGGAAGAUGUUACUUUUAAUAAACGGAAGAUGAAGGAACUGGAAGAUAACCUUCUCUAUAAACUGAGUGCAACAAAAGGCUCCUUGGUAGACGACGAAUCCCUCAUCGGCGUCCUACGGACAACUAAGCAAACGGCGGCCGAAGUAAGCGAGAAACUGCACGUGGCCGCGGAAACGGAGAUCAAGAUUAAUACCGCCCAGGAAGAGUUCCGACCCGCUGCUACGCGAGGAAGCAUCCUGUACUUCCUUAUCACAGAGAUGAGCAUGGUCAAUAUCAUGUAUCAGACUUCCCUGGCUCAAUUCUUGAAGUUAUUCGAUCAGUCCAUGGCCAGAUCUGAGAAGUCGCCCCUGCCUCAGAAAAGAAUCACAAAUAUUAUUGAUUUUCUGACGUUUGAAGUUUUUGUCUACUCCGUCAGGGGUCUCUAUGAAAACCACAAGUUCCUUUUCGUCCUACUUUUGACCUUAAAGAUUGAUCUUCAGAGAGGACAAGUUAAACACAAAGAAUUUCAGGCACUUAUUAAAGGUGGAGCCGCGCUGGAUCUGAAAGCCUGUCCUCCCAAACCAUUUCGAUGGAUUCUUGACAUGACUUGGCUGAACCUGGUGGAACUUAGCAAACUACCACAAUUUGCUGAAAUUAUGAAUCAGAUCGCUCGUAACGAGAAAGGGUGGAAAAGCUGGUUUGAUAAAGAUUCCCCCGAGGAGGAAGUCAUCCCCGACGGCUACAAUGACUCACUGGACACUUGCCGUAAACUCUUGCUUAUUAGAUCUUGGUGUCCAGAUCGUACUGUCUUCCAAGCAAGGAAAUACAUCGCUGAUUCUCUGGAAGAGAGAUAUACAGAACCGGUUAUCUUAAACUUAGAGAAAACGUGGGAAGAAAGUGAAUCUCGAACCCCUCUCAUAUGCUUCCUAUCUAUGGGUUCUGACCCCACCAUUCAGAUCGAUGCCCUGGCGAAAAAGCUUAAACUGGAAUGCAGGACUAUCUCAAUGGGUCAGGGACAAGAAGUGCACGCCCGCAAGCUCAUCCAGAUGUCCAUGCAGCAGGGUGGCUGGGUGUUGCUUCAAAAUUGUCAUCUUGGUCUGGAUUUCAUGGAUGAAUUGCUGGAGACGAUUCUUGCCACCGAAGUUUGUGAUGAAUCUUUCCGAGUCUGGAUAACAACUGAGGCGCAUGAAAAAUUUCCAAUCACACUGUUACAGACUUCGAUCAAGUUCACAAAUGAGCCACCCCAAGGUGUUCGGGCAGGGCUGAAAAGAACAUUUGCCGGAAUUAAUCAAGACCUCCUGGAUAUAAGCAAUUUGCCCAUGUGGAAGCCUAUGCUUUAUACGGUAGCUUUCUUACACUCCACCGUACAGGAACGGCGCAAGUUUGGUCCCUUAGGGUGGAAUAUUCCGUAUGAGUUCAAUUCUGCAGAUUUUACAGCCAGUGUUCAGUUUAUACAAAAUCACCUAGAUGAAUGUGACAUCAAGAAAGGUGUGUCGUGGAGUACAGUGCGUUACAUGAUCGGUGAAGUUCAGUAUGGCGGCAGAGUCACGGAUGAUUUUGAUAAGCGUCUACUCAAUUGUUUUGCUAGGGUGUGGUUCAGUGAAAAGAUGUUUGAGCCGGCAUUCUGUUUUUAUACUGGAUAUAAAAUCCCAGUGUGCAAAACUCUGGAUCAGUAUUUUGAGUUCAUACAAUCACUCCCUUCUCUGGAUAACCCCCAAGUCUUCGGGCUUCAUCCUAAUGCCGAUAUCACAUAUCAAAGUAACACCGCUUCUGAGGUUCUUGAAACUAUCACCAAUAUUCAACCGAAGGAAAGUGGAGGAGGACCAGGAGAAACCCGAGAAGCUAUUGUUUACCGAUUAGCUGAAGAUAUGCUCAGCAAACUGCCUCCUGAUUACAUCCCCCACGAGGUAAAAGCUCGGUUAGUGAAGAUGGGACCUCUGAAUUCCAUGAACAUAUUUCUUCGCCAAGAAAUUGACCGAAUGCAAAGGGUCAUUACAAUACUUCGAAGCAGCCUGAGUGAUCUUAAAUUAGCCAUCGAAGGAACUAUUAUCAUGAGUGAGAAUUUGAGAGAUGCCCUGGACAAUAUGUACGAUGCCCGAAUACCUCAGCUGUGGAAAAGAGUCUCCUGGGAUUCUUCGACACUUGGAUUCUGGUUUACUGAGCUUUUGGAAAGAAACACCCAGUUCUCUACCUGGAUAUUUGAAGGGAGGCCAAAUGUGUUUUGGAUGACUGGUUUCUUCAAUCCCCAAGGAUUCCUUACGGCAAUGAGACAGGAAGUGACACGAGCCCAUAAAGGCUGGGCCCUGGAUUCGGUGACUAUCCACAACGAAGUGUUGAAGCAGACCAAGGAAGAGAUCUCGUCGGCCCCCGCGGAAGGGGUGUACAUUUAUGGGCUGUAUUUGGAUGGAGCAGCCUGGGACCGACGUAAUAGUAAACUCAGCGAAUCCACCCCCAAGGUUCUCUUCACCCAGCUCCCCGUGCUUCACAUCUAUGCUAUCAAUUCUACCGCUCCCAAAGAUCCCAGGCUGUACGUGUGCCCUGUCUACAAGAAACCGAGGAGGACCGACCUAACUUUCGUCACGGUGGUGUAUUUGAGAACGGUCCUGACCCCAGAUCACUGGAUCCUCAGGGGCGUAGCCCUCCUGUGCGACAUCAAGUAAAGCCCGUCCGAAACGGGACGAGAACGUGACCGACUCCUGAUGCAGUUGCCCCUCACGCCCACCUCCACGAUAGGAUGCCUUACUGGUUAAACUGUGUUUUCCCACACCAAUACAUUUUUAUUUUGAGAUAUGGCCAAUUUGUGUGUGUUACGGACGGGAGGAGGAAGCUCCUCCUUACGAUCGCCUAAUUGUAUUAUCGAAUAUAGACUAAGAUGGGCCUUCUCUCUGAUGCUCAUUUCUUCAGUGUCCAAAUCCAAACGACAAAUUCUAACUCUGACCCUUUUGUUCUCAGAACUCCCGGGAAGUUAGUAGAAGCUGAAUCGGUUGACCCCCAAAUUCUAGGAAGUUUAAAUUUCAAAAAUGAAAAACUAAGAAGUUUUUUGUUUGUUUCUAAAAGGAUUAGGCCUUGGGCGGGCUUUUUCCAAAAUAAAACCAACCAGUAGUCACGUCACCAA